AUGUCAUUUCAAAAUAAAGAAAAAAGAAUAAAUAUAAAAGAAGCAUCAAUAGAAAUUGAAGGUUUGAGCGAUAAUAAAAAAUAUCAAGAUAUUAAAUAUCUUGAUAACAUAUUAGGUUGUAUCUAUGGAAAUUGUUUAGGAGAUGCAUAUGGGCUAAGCACAGAAUUUUUAAAUAAAGAAAAAAUAUGUGAACUAUAUCCAGACCCCAAUGUAUUUAUAGACUUCCCAAAUUAUAUUACAAAUAGACAUAAUAGACGUUGGGAUAAAGGUGAUUGGACAGAUGACACUGACCAAAUGAUAUUAAUUUUACAAACCUUAAUAGAAUGUAAUGGUGAAAUAGAUAUUAAACUAUUUUCAAAUAAAUUAAAAAACUGGGUAGAAAAUGGAUUUGAAGAAUUAGGUGAUCAAAGUGGUAUGGGGUUAGGGCAAACUGUUGGAUCUGUAGUUUUUAAUGAAAAUUUUCAAGAUGAACCAACUAUGGUUAGUAAAUUUGUUUGGAUCAAUGGUGGUAAAAAAAUGGCAGCAAAUGGUAGUUUAAUGAGAACCUCAAUUUUAGGGUGUAUGGAUUUUCUAGAUGACGCCAAAGUAUUUCAAAACACAUUGGAAUGUUGCAAAGUAACUCAUUAUGAUAGUAGAUGUAUUGUCAGUUGUUUAUUAUUUACAAAAAUAAUAUCAGAUAUUUUGAAAUAUAACAAUAAUAAUAAUAAUCAAGAUGAUGAAAAAUUAAAAAUAAUUAUUGAUCAGAUAAUUAAUAAUUUAACAAAUAAUCAAAAAUAUAAUCAAAUUGCCAAUUUAUUGUUUCAAUCAAAUCAAAUGAUCAGCAAAGAAGAAAAAAUUGAAAAUUUCAAAUUAUUUAAUCAAUAUGUAAAUUUUAAUGAAUGGUCAGAAUUAGAUUUAGACGAAGGCUCAUCAAUUGGAUAUGUUUACAAAUGUUUAGGAUCUGCAAUUUUAUCACUAAGAAAAUUUAAUCAAUACUAUUUUCAAAAUAAUAAUGAUUCUAAAGAGAAAUCCUUUGUAUUUAGAAAAGUUUUAGAUGAAUUAAUUAGAGAAGGUGGUGAUUCCGAUACAAACGGUUCAACAGCAGGCUCAUUGUUAGGUUCAAUUAUUGGUUACUCAAAUUUACCAAAAGAUAUGCUGUUAGCAUUACCAAAUAAAUCAUGGUUGGAUCAACAAGUUUUAAAAUUUAUUGAUAUUGUAAUCGAUAGAAUUAAUUCAAACAAAAUCAAUUCUUUUACUUUUAAUAAUUUAAAAGAUCAAUUACCACUAUCAUAUAUUAAUGAAACUGAUGAUAAUCCAUACAUUAAUUUUAAUUUAAAAAAUAAAAAUAAAAAAAUGGAAUCAAAUAUUAAUGUUGAAAAUAAAAACAGUAAUUGUUCAGUUCAAUAA